AGCAAACUUCCGAGGAGGAGGCCAUUUCUACGAUCAUUUGUCGUUCUGUACAUACACGCAGGAUCUUGGAACUAUUGCGUUUCAACACACCCUAACAACAAGUCAUGCUCCCAUUAUAUCUUCUAAAUGCAGUGAAAGGCGAGACUGUGGUCGUCGAACUCAAGAAUGCGGGUAUCAUCAACGGUACCCUAGAAAACUGUGACUCUUACAUGAAUGUCACACUUACCUCGGCGUAUGCUUCUUUAUCCAUGGACGAGCCUUUUCACAAGAUAGAUCGUAUAUAUAUCAGAGGUACCACAAUCAAGUUUUUCAAGAUGGGUAAUGAGUUCAUUGAGAAAUUCAAAGAACAACAACAGAGAGAGAAGGAUAACCACUCGAACUACCGUAAUAACAACAGACAAUACAACAACCAUAGACAAAAUAAGUUCAAUAAUCAAAGACGAGGUAAUGGAAAUUACAAUCAGAAUAACAAUGGCAAUAAUAGAUGGGGAAAUAAUAGUAGAGAAGGAAUUGACACCAAAAACUAGUCCUCCAACUCUACUUUUUCUUCUUAUAUAAAUAGUUAUAUUAUGUAUAAUACAACCCUUAUAAUAUAUCUUGGGUAUAUUUGAAUACUGUACACGAAACAAAUUUUGAGCGGGAUAUGCGGAUAGAAAGAAGUGAUCAUAAAAACGGGCUCCAUCCCAUAAAAAUAAGUGCCAAGUUCCUAGGAUCAACGGCUUCAU